AUGCGGUUUAAACAGCACUUAUAGCAGGCAUGGAGAGCUCGUCAGUGUACAUGUGUUUCCCGUGCUACCGGGAGUUUCCUACACUUGAGGAAGUGCUGACACACCAGCUGACCUGCACUGCUGAGAACACACAACCGUUGCCUGUUGGUGCUGCCAUCGAAGCUGCUGCCAUAGAAGCUGCUGCCAUUGAAGCUGGCCUGCCACAGUUGGAAGCUCAGACAGUGUAUGUUCCUGAGGUUCAGACUGAGAGGAAACCUGUACCGUCCUCAGAUGUGCCACGCGUCCUCUACCAAUGCGCUGACUGUGAACUCUUAUUUGAUGCGCUCAUGCUAUGGCAGCAGCACCGAAAGCUCGGGUGUUGUAUGGAGACUGGACCUGAGGAUGUAGCUGCCACUUCAGUGCCACAACCCAUCGGUCAGGAGGUUACACCUGAGAGCGAGGUGAUCUAUAAUAUCCAGCCAAUUGAGUUGGAACAAAGUGAAACCAAAGACGAAGCAAGCUUGGAGACUUUUAGUCUGGCAAACACAGAAUUACCAGAGGCAAAAACGGAAGGUGACCCACAGCUGAGUUUGCUGAGUAGCGACGAUCCCCCUGAACCCACUGCAGAGCCCACGCCUCAGGAGGCCGAGAGCACAGAGCCUGUCCAGGAACCCAGCCCGCAAGUGAGACGGAGAAGCCAGAAGAAGGCUAAGCCGCCCUCCAGCCUGCUUUGCGUGGAGUGCGGGCGCUGCUUCAGCUUGGCGUCCGAGCUGGUAACUCAUCGCAAGACUGCGCACAACCUGAGAGAGGCCAUCCAUCGGUGCAACGUGUGUGGCGAGGGCUUCCUCAACACCACGCUCUUCCUCUACCAUCGCAAACAGCACCGCAGUCUAACGCAGGAAGAUGAGCCGAAAGAGGUGGAGGUGCCCCAGCUCUCCACCGCCUUGCUGGAGGCUCCAGGAGAGGGGCUACUCUUGCUUGCCACUGCCGGUGAGGGUCAGAGUCUGAUGGAGAUCACCACUCUGGAGCAGACAGCGCCCGAGGCUGUGCCCAUCUCUCAGGUAGAAGUUGAACUCGAUCAGGAGAUCCGAGGCGAGGUCAUCCAUUCGAGCGAAGAUGAACCGCUGCCUCAGGCAAUCGAAGGAGAACAACUAGAAGAGACAGAAUUCGAGGGGAUCGUCAACAUGGACGAAGAGGAAAUCGAAGGCCGAGCCGAGCCCAUGAACGAGGAAGUAGUCGAAGAGAAACAAGUAGAGAUGGAGACUAGUGAUGCGGACAUGGCAGAGACAGGCGAGGCCGCAUCGCCUGUGCUUUCCACUCCCCAGAACUUCCUGUGUAGUCAGUGUGGGUGCUCCUUCAACUCCGCUCAUGAGUUAGCAAAGCACCGCAGUAGCGAGCACGGCCUGGCGGAGGCGCUGCACAGUUGUGUAGAGUGUGGCCAGGAGUUCAUGAGCACCACUCAGUUUCUGUACCAUCGCAGAGAACAUCGCAAGGACGUACCGUCUCCUUCUGCAAGACUGAACUCCACUCUCACGUCUCUGGCCAAACACCCUGCUGCUUCCCCUGUCCUUCUGCUCCGUCGGCCAGAAACCUCGACCGAAACGCCGCUGCCCGACGCUACGCUCGAGGCCACAGCCAAGCUGAGCCGCGACUGGUCACGCACGCCGCUCCCUCACGAGUGCCCGCACUGCGGGCAGGGCUUCACGCGGCGCAGCCUCCUGCGCGAGCAUGUCUUCCAGCACACAGGCGAGAAGCUGUUCAACUGCAACCUGUGCAACAAGAGUUUCCCAACACCCGCCGGCCUGCUGCGCCACAGCCUGUGCCACGGUCCGCCACGCUCCUUCACCUGCCCCGUCUGCACCAAAACCUUCUCUCAGCCUGCCUCGCUCAAACGCCACAUGCUCACCCACGAGGACGGCACCGAGAGGAGAGGCCAGGGGCGCAGCAAAGGCAGAGGACGUCCUCCUGGAGACAUCCGUCUGCUCAGUUGCCCCGACUGUCCUGCCAGCUUCAAGCUGGACGCACAGCUGCAGAUGCACAGGCUGCUGCACACUAGUCACCCUUUCCCCUGCACCAUUUGCGGACAAGCUUUUAAGCGGCGGAAAGAGCUCGACCUGCACUCUCUCAUGCACCAAGAUAAGGAGCCUGUGGUGUGUGCUCAGUGUGGUUCUCAGUUCUUGAACCAGGCCGUAUUGGAUGUGCACAUGCAGCGCUGCACAGGAGUGCCGACUCAGCGGCGGCGUUAUAAAGGUCAUGGGCGUGGCCGAGUAGGUGGUCAGCUCGAGUGCGAUAUGUGCGGCCACCGCUGCGUGACGCAGGACGGUCUGGACCUGCACCGGCUUUCGCACACGGGCCAGACGCCGCUACGCUGCCCUCUUACACCCUGCAAGCGGUUCGCCUCCAGCUCGUCCCUGGCACAGCACGUGGUGGCGCACUGCCGCGCCCCCCUGUCCAAGAGGAACAGCCCGCGCCGAUUCACGUGCAAUUACUGCACCAAGGAGUUUUCCUACGCCUCCACCUUCGCCGUGCACAUGCGCACGCACACGGACGAGAGGCCGUUCGAGUGCACUCAUUGCGGGAAGCGUUUUCGGCAGCUCCCCCACCUGCAGGACCACGAGCGUAUCCAUAGCGGAGAGCGACCGUUCGUGUGCUGGGUCUGCGGGAAAAGCUUUAGCGUGGCGGCACGGUUAGCUGAGCACGCCCGGGUGCACAGUGGAGAGCGCCCGUUCACUUGCCCUCGUUGCCCCACCGCCUUCCGCUCACGCCCCAAUCUCCACAAACACCUCCGUCUGCACGGCGACGACCCCGACGUCCCAAUCAACGACGCCAACGCAGACCAGGAUUCGGCCAUACAGACCAUCCUGCUGGUCCAGGAAGCACACUCACCCACAUCUACACUGGCGACUACCUCCACCACAGUGCCCAUCAUCCAGGAGGGCACUCUGUUGCCUGAGCAGCAUGGCGCCUCGGUAGUGUUCCUCCAUAAUAACAUCGCAGUGCCUGCAGGCAGCAUGCCCACCAUAUCAGUGGUGGCCGGUCAGGAAGUCCCACACACCAUAGAGUUUAUUAUAGAGGAGACUGUGUAGAGCGAGAGAGACAGAGAGAGAGUUUAGUGAAGAAAAUUGAAUGGAAGGAAAGACAGAGAGAUUUGCCAGUUGUGAAAUGGCUUCAUAGAUGGCCACAGAGAUAACUUAAGGGUUAUCAAGACGAGAAAGAGAAGGAAAAAGAGAAUGAGCCCGAGGUUAAACCCUUACAGGAUAAAGCAUUUCUCUCUGUAUGUCUAAGAAAAUGUUAGAUGAUGCUUGGCUUUAAUAGCUGUUGCUUUUCAUUUCUUGCUUUCUUUUUUUUUUUUUUUUUUUGGACUAGCUGAACCAGAACCCAUCGACUAUGCCGAAUUAAUACGGAGGAAAAUUAAGCACGGCGUUUUAUGAGCUUUGUAUAUAUAUAUUUCCACCACUCUUUCCCCGUUUGAGUUUGUCGUUAUUACAUUUGGCAUGAAUUGCUCAUGAAGUUUAUAGUGUGUUUUUAAUAAAAACAAAAUGGCUUCC